CUCUGUGUACAGCAGAGAUGUCUCACCCCGAGAUGCUCCCCAGCAGUCCCGUCGGUACUCCAGCACUCUCUCAGCCCGUUGGCAGCAAUGACGUCAUUGAGCAGGCAAGUGGGCUGAGCUGAGAAGGUAGCGAGCAAGCGAGCGAGAGAGAGAGAGAGGAGUCGCAGGGCCUGGAAAGAAGAGGUUUUGAAAAACGGAUUUUCUUUUUUUUUUUUUUUUUUUUUAAAUAUAUAUUUGUUAUCAACACGUAAAAAAAACAUAAAGAGAUAACAAUUUUAUCUAUCGUCCCCCGCGCUUGAUCUGACCAGUGAAUCCCGCGGAGUUAAAACAAGUUCAUUUCUGACGGAGUGGAUUUCUGCUUUAGAAGAACUCCAUGAAAGAUGACAGAAGAGGUUAUUGUUAUAGCCAAGUGGGAUUACACAGCACAACAGGACCAAGAACUUGACAUCAAGAAAAAUGAGAGGCUGUGGCUCCUCGACGACUCGAAAACAUGGUGGAGGGUAAGAAACACGUCCAAUAGGACGGGCUACGUGCCGUCAAACUACGUGGAGCGCAAGAACAGCUUGAAGAAAGGAUCCCUUGUAAAAAACCUUAAAGACACACUAGGCCUUGGCAAAACAAAGAGGAAGACAAGUGCGCGAGACGCGUCGCCCACCCCCAGCACAGAUGCAGAGUACCCGUCCAAUGGCAGCAGCGCAGCCCGCAUCUACGACCUCAACAUCCCCGCCUACGUGAAGUUCGCCUAUGUGGCGGAGCGGGAGGACGAGCUGAGCCUGGUGAAGGGCACGCGGGUGGCAGUAAUGGAGAAGUGCAGCGACGGCUGGUGGCGUGGCAGCUACAAUGGACAAGUGGGCUGGUUCCCCUCCAACUAUGUAGUGGAGGAGGGGGAGGAGUCCACAGCUGACUCUCCUAGCUUUCUCACCUCCCGGCAGGGGGCCUCCGUCAGUAACGGCCAGAGUACCAAGGUCCUCCACUUGGUCCAGACUUUGUACCCUUUCAGCUCUGUCACUGAGGAGGAGCUCAAUUUUGAAAAGGGGGAGAGCAUGGAGGUGAUUGAGAAGCCUGAGAAUGACCCAGAGUGGUGGAAAUGUAAAAACUCAAGAGGACAGAUAGGGUUGGUACCCAAAAACUAUGUGGUCAUUGUAAGCGAUGGCCCUGUUGUGAGCAGCUCUCCCGCUCCUCAGAUAAGCUGCACUGGACCCUCUCCCAUGGGCAAGUUUGCAGGACAGGAUUGGUACUACGGGAACGUGACGCGGCACCAAGCAGAAUGCGCCCUUAAUGAGCGAGGGGUAGAGGGGGACUUUCUCGUUCGGGAUAGCGAGUCAUCGCCUAGUGACUUUUCAGUAUCGCUGAAAGCUUCAGGAAAGAACAAGCAUUUCAAGGUGCAGCUAGCGGAGGGAGUGUACUGCAUCGGCCAACGCAAGUUUGGCUCCAUGGAUGAACUGGUGGAACACUACAAAAAGGCUCCCAUCUUUACAAGUGAACACGGAGAUAAAUUAUACCUUAUUAAACCACUGCAGUGACCCCGGCUCUGGUGUUGGCCAAAGUCUGGCCUGUCGCAACUAGAAGCCUUAGUUUUGGACAUUCACUUUUACAGAGCAGAGCCAUUUCGAACAGUUUAAUUAUUAUUAUUUUUUAAUUUAAGCUACACAUUCUGGGUGAUUUUGCUCUAUUGGCUGGUCUUGUUCCCCUUUAUUUGUUUAUAUAUCUGUUUGUCUUUCAGUUCUGUGGAACGCAUUCAACCUUUUCUAAGGUUGAAAAUAAUAAAACUUCACUAAGUGACCAUUUUAAGCACUCUCUUUAUGCCUUGGCUGAAAGCUCUGAGAAGUACUGAGAAGACAGGGCUGCUUGCCAUUCUAUUGAAACCAGUGUUAGUGCAAUUCAAAUCACUCACGUUUCCUUUAAAAACAGAAAGUAAUUGGGCACAGUCUGAAUGCGCUGAAUCUGCAGCUUACAGAAAGAAAAGGAAAUUGCAGUAGACUGAUCAGCUGUAACUGAAUUCUGUGGCUUUUGCUAAACAGGUAGCCAGUUACAAAUCCUCCUAGAAUCUAGAAGCACUCUCUAAAUUGUGUGCUUUUGUUAGUACAUUGAAGAGGACGCUAAUUAAAACAAUAUUAUAUAACUACUCUUCUGCAGGAAGAUUGUAGGGAAAAUUUAAUACAAAGAAAAAGUGUAAUUUGCAUCUGAGAGGCAUCUCUCAAAGUUAUCAUUUACAGUAAAAAGGAUGUUUUGUUAAUGUACAACCAAAUGUGCCACCCACAUAAUGCUUGUCUCUGCCCUACUGCUUCUUUAAAAAAUGAUUAUGUAUUUAAUUCUCAGAGUAAUAUGUAUCUGUAGCUAAUUGUGGACACUAAUACAUAAGAUUAAUGCAAUAUAUAUAUAUAUAUAUAUAUAUAU